AUGCUCAAGAAAUACCUGACACUCGGGCUGCCGCUCUUGGCAGCCCACCUCGUGGCCUGCCAUGACGACGACUAUGCCAGCACUGUUACAAACACUGGAACAAUGACCGUCACUUCGGUCGUCUCAGACCCCGGGAGCUCUCCUGCACCAAGUUCACUGGAUCUUACGGCCAUCGCCAGCGCAUUACUCAAGAUUCAUUCCAUCGCUCAACAGGCAGCUGUCUCGGUCAGCUCGGUCUCUCUGAGUUCGAUCCCUGCCACCACGGGCCAGAGUACGCAGAGUCCUGCUGCAGGAUCAGCUUCUUCCCUCGGCGCUACGGGACAGAACACCCAGACAGCUGUUACAUCUCCUGUCGCCACUGGACAGAAUACCCAGACAGCUGUUACAUCUCCCGUAGCCACUGGGCAGAACACUCAACCCGCGGCUAGCGGAGGUGCACCGUCAUCCGGCAGCUCUGGCGUUUCCCAGCCCGCACCAUCGGCCUCUAGUGGAGGCGCUCCUCCAGCCUCUGCAGCGACGGGCGCUGCCACUGCUGCCACUUCCGGAUGCAAGACCUACACCAUGAAGGUAGGCGACACUGGCUACGCUAUUGCGAAAGCACACGGUCUCUCGGACGUUUCCCAAAUCACUGCCCUGAACCCAGGCAUCAUAUAUGAAAAGAUUCCAGUCGGCAAGGUCCUCGUCCUCCCUCCCACUGCCACAGGAUCUGAUCUCGGAAGCGCGCCUGAUUGCAAAGCUCCUGCCGGAGGUGCAGCUGCCGCAGGAGGUUCUGCUUCUUCGGGCGGUGCCCCAUCUGCCUCCUCGCCUGCUUCUUCUGGAGGCGCUCCUCCUCCUUCAUCACCCGCAGCCUCUGGAUCUCAGACCUCGGCACCCAAAUCAACAGGAUCAGCAGGCCAAAACGUCGUGCCAGUGGCAUCGUCACCGAGCGGUACCGCUUCGGCACCUACCGGCGAGCACACACUCGGUGCCCCACCCUCAGGCGUCGAGCCUGCGACAACAGAUUGCGCUGGUGCCAAAUUCGCUGACGAAUGCACGACCGCCAAAGACGCUGCCCCUUUCAUCGUGAAGGCUUUCGCAGAUUACACCAUCACGACCCCAGAGGAACAGGCAGCUCUCCUGUCCAUCAUGAUCUUCGAAUCCGGAAAGUUCAUGUACAAACGCAACCAUUUCCCUGGAACGCCAGGACAGGGGACUACCAACAUGAUGUCACCCACCUAUGUUAAGGAGUAUGCCGCCAGCUUCCCCGAGCUCAGUGACGGACUUGCCAAGGCAGCUGGUGAUGUGUCGAAGAUCCUGGAUCUGGUCGUGGACAACAAGUACUCUUUCGGGAGUGCCAGUUGGUUCUACACGAAGAAGUGCACUGAUGCUGACAAGAAGGGUGUCAAGCUUGGCACGACGGCUGGCUAUACGUCGUACUUGAAGGACUGUGUUGGUGUGGAUGCCGCGCCAGAGAGGCUGGCUGGGUAUGACUUGGCCAGGAAGGCGCUGGGUGUGCCCAUUGCACCCUAG